AUGGUUUUCGUCGCACAUCGAGCAGGACAGGCGCUGGGGUUGAAUCUUUGGCCGCCCAGUGCGGCAGUAACGUUUGCCACUCUUCCGUACCUGAAAAUCUUCUACGACAGUAUCUACGAGAGAAUGUUCGGCAAGUUGGAGCAAAGUUGGAUUGCGGAGGUGCAGCCGCACCAGUUGAAUAUGAAUGAUGGUAAUGCGCUGCCCGUGCAUCUUGAGUUAGACCGACCCAAGGACGACAACGGGAUUCUGAUGACUAUCGAUUCGGAAGGCAACACAGGCAAUCUGCCGGAUAUUAUUCUCGGAGGGCUUGCGUUUCCAGCCAUAUCUACCUCGAUGGGCGGACUGCUGAAGGAUACGUUAGUUUUGUACUCUCAUCUAAGUUAA